CCUUCACCGCUCGCGUUCGUGACCGAGAGCCUCUCGUGCUCUUUCUUUACUGACUCGUUACUGGGCGUGCGCGGCUUACAGGAACGCGCUUGCGGAAAUUCUUCGAUUCUUGAUCUUGCACCUCCUGCUCCUUCCAGCCUCUUGUCGAUCUAGGCAGAGUUAGUGGCGUGUGGCGAGUUUCUUUGCUGUCGUUGGAUAUUGUCGGUGAAUUGAACUUCUGCUCGCGGCUUAUUGGAACGCCUCAGUCGUUGGCAGUCACUCGCUUUGGGUUGCUUGAAUUUGUGUUUGUUCCAUUUGCCGUCCGUCUGGAGUUGAGCCGGCGGGCCAUUGGAUACUUCUUUGGGCACCAUGAAUUAUGUUAUCAAGAUAAAGUAUGAGGACACACUCCGUCGCCUUACUUAUCCCGGACAUCGACCUUAUGGAGAUCAGUACAAUGAUAAACUUAUUACAUUUGCGAAGCUAGAAGGGAAUAUCAGAGAUCUUUUUAAGAUUCCAGCAAGUUCGCAGAUUCGUGUGACUUAUACUGAUAAGGACAAUGAUGUUGUCACCAUGGGAGACGAUCAGGAUUUGGAAGAUGCUUGUGUCUUGCAGGGACUGAAUCCCCUCCGAUUACUUGUCACCCUGUUGGAUGUUCCGAAAGUGGGUGCUGCAGAAGGUCAGGCUGAACAGCUCUUGCCUAUGAAAGUGAACGGGGAGGCUGGCUCUAAGCUCAAGCAGAUUUUGAAAAGUUUACCUAAGGACGUCUUGAAGCCUGUGGUUGAUCAUGUGGAACUCUAUUUGAAGGGAAGCGCACCUUCUCAGCGCGAGUUAUCGAAAUUGGUUGAUACAGUUGUGGAUUCAAUUACAUCCCAUAUCGAGUCUGCAGUGAAGAAAGUUGACCUGAACGAGUUUAUAAGUGCCUCUAGCAGUCCAUCUGUGCCAGCCACGAGCGAAACUCAUCCAGUGUGCCCAGUUUAUCAAAACUCUCCUCUUCCAACUUCCACUAUUCUGGGCACUUUAGAGCCCGUGAACUCCAAUGUAAGAGAAGAGUCUGAACCAGGGAAUGCGGGUCGUGUAUUCCAUACCGGUGUACAGUGUGACGUAUGCGGAAUGAGUCCCAUCGUCGGGCCCCGGUUCAAAUCAUCAAAGAGAUUCGAUUACGACCUUUGCGUGAGUUGCUUCGAGGAGUUCGGAACUAUCAGCGACUACACUCGUAUCGAUCGUCCAUUGUUCCGUCCGAGACAUUUACAAGCUAUCGGUAACGCCAAGCGAUGCCCUGUUGCCGGGCCAAAACCUCAUGCAGGGCAACGAUGUCCUGUAGCCAGUCCAAAACGUCAUGAAGGCCAGCGAUGCUCUGCAGCCGGUCCAGACUGUUAUUCAGGGCGACCCUUCAGCAUGCGUGGACCAUACGGUGCAAGGCCUGAUAGUAGAUACCAUUCCAUUCAUCAAAUGAAUGGUUCCGGUGGCAAACUCGAUGCUCGUUUCGUUCAGGAUGUUACUAUAUUUGACGGGACUGAAUUAGCUCCCGGAACCAACUUCACGAAGAUCUGGCGGCUGCGCAAUAGCGGUACUCUGCCUUGGCCUGUGGACACAAUGCUAGUUCACGUAGGGGGUGACGAACUCGGUUGUGUAUUUAUCGUUCCAUUGGAGUUGCCGGAGCGGGGUUUACCUCCUGGUGAGGAGGUGGAAGCGUCGGUGAAUCUUGUCGCACCUGAAAAACCUGGGCGUUACGUCUCGCACUGGCGGCUCGCUUCACCCGCAGGUCCGAAGUUCGGUCAUCGAGUUUGGGUUUUAAUCCAGGUCGUUUCAAAGGAAGGACAGGAAGAUGCGUUGAUUAACGAGAUGGCGUUACCAUCAACUGUUGAGGCCCUUGCGAAAGAGGAUACGUCUUCAAGUGGAAGUUUAAAGUCAAAGGACCUUGACUCUACAGCAGGACAUUCGUCACAGGCAGGCCCUAAGAUGGAAGAGUGGGUAAAUACCUAUUUUCUACAAAAGGAGUAUCCAACUGGGCUCGGCUCUCUUCUCACUGACUCCGAUGUCAGAGUUUUGGGAAGCGGACCAGAAAUUGUGUCACCAGGACAGACGAAAGCAUCAGUCGUCGAUACCAAGUCACCCACUGAAGUUGGACAGGAAGAUACGAGUAGUUUGUCCGGAAUUGUGAAGGAAGAUUCGACUGAAGAAAAGGACGAUGACAUCGACAACCCAAAAUGGAAGAUUGAUGCCAAUUUGGGCAACGUUGAUAGUUUGUCGCAGCCAAUCGUGGGUGGUGAUUUGCCGAGCCAGACCAGUGUAUCGCUUGUAAAGGAGAAGAUGGCUACGGACGAGGUUGCAUCAUAUGUUAACAGUGAAUUGGGCGGGUUUUCGAUGGUUGAAAUGCCUAAGCUGAAUUCUUCUUCUUCCUUUGCGAGCGUAACUCCUAGGGUUAACGCGGACGAAUCAAGAGCAAAAAUUUUGGAAGUGAAUGUCGAAGGAGAAGACAAGUUUGCAUCAACUGCUGCAGAACUGUGCGACAAGUUAGAUGGAAUGGGUUUUAGUGACCGGAAGUUAAAUCUGGAACUUCUUGAGAAGAAUAAGAUGGACUUGCGGCGCACAUUGGAUGCUUUGGUCGGUGCAGCAGACUGGGAUCCUAUUUUGGAAGAAUUGGAGGAGAUGGGUUUUUAUGACGUGGAGAUGAACCGGCGUCUCAUGUUCAAGAAUAAUGGCUCCGUCAAGCGGGUGGUGAAGGAACUUGUCCAAAUGUAUAAGGAACCCGUUGCAAGUGGGAUGGGAAAGGAAAUGGUUUAAGUUCUGUUCACCUGGAUGAAAAGUGUUGGAGGGCUAUUGUCAGGAUGUAGACCCAGGAAGAUAUGCACUUGGGAGUACAUCAUCAGCGAAACCGUAACAGUAUUGGACUACAGAAAGCGGAUAUGAAAGUUUUAACACAUGGACUAGAAGGGAAGCGUCGCAGAGAAGGCGAACUCAGUUCACUUGUCUUCACAGUAGAAAGCUGUAAAUGAUUGUUGUAUAGAGCCAGGCCGUAGAAAAGUGCCUCCAUGGAAACCAUGUAGAUUAGAGAGUGGUUACAGUAUGGAGGGUGUUCUCUGAUAUUUAGUGUUAGUUUCUCUACUUGAUUGUGUUUGAUGAUGGGAAUUACCUUGUACUGCGAGAUUGAAUUUUGCAUUUUUAUUCGACAGAGUAAAUAAAUUCCUGUUUGUACAUGCCACUAAUUUCCGAAUAAGUAUAAUGUAGGUCAGGUAUGUGUAAGGUCUUUCAGUCCUUAGAUCUUGGAGGAAAGAUAUUGCAGUAUUAUAUUAUAAAAGAUGAAUAUAUUGCGAGAUUUUUAUCUCCCAUACACAUUUUCU